GGCCUGCGAAGAAGAGAGGAAGUGGGACUGAGGACUGUGGGUUCGAGGCCGAGGCGGUAGUGUCCCGGAAAAGGCGCGCAACCGGCUUCCCCAACAUGUGCGGGCCGGGGUGGAGCUGCCGCUGGCGCAAGACCUAGGGAUGAUCUUCCCAGUCGCCCUCUUAGCACUCCAGUGGCAGCGACGGCUUGGAGGCCGUGCCUUGUCCCGCGCUGCCAUGGAAGUGGCCUUCCGAGGCGUGCGGAAAGUUCUCUGUGUGGCGGAGAAAAACGACGCUGCCAAGGGGAUUGCGGACUUGCUAUCCAAUGGUCGUGUGAGGCGGAAAGAAGGACUUUCUAAAUUCAACAAGAUUUAUGAAUUUGACUAUCAUCUAUAUGGGCAGAAUGUUACUAUGAUAAUGACUUCAGUUUCUGGACAUUUGCUGGCUCAUGAUUUCCAGAUGCAGUUUCGGAAAUGGCAGAGCUGCAAUCCCCUUGUCCUCUUUGAAGCAGAAAUUGAAAAGUACUGCCCAGAAAAUUUUAUAGACAUCAAGAAAACCCUGGAGCGAGAGACACAGCAGUGCCAAGCAUUGGUGAUCUGGACUGACUGUGACAGAGAAGGUGAAAACAUCGGGUUUGAGAUUAUCCAUGUGUGCAAGGCUGUGAAGCCCAGUCUGCAAGUGUUGAGAGCCCGUUUCUCUGAGAUCACGCCAAAUGCUGUCAGAGCAGCCUGUGAAAACCUGACUGAGCCUGAUCAGAGAGUAAGCGAUGCCGUGGAUGUGAGGCAAGAGCUGGAUCUGAGGAUCGGAGCUGCCUUCACUAGGUUCCAGACCCUGCGGCUUCAGAAGAUUUUUCCUGAGGUUCUGGCAGAGCAGCUCAUCAGCUAUGGAAGCUGCCAGUUCCCAACACUGGGGUUUGUGGUGGAGAGGUUCAAAGCUAUUCAGGCUUUUGUGCCAGAAAUCUUCCACAAAAUUAAAGUAAGUCAUGACCACAAGGAUGGGACGGUAGAAUUCAACUGGAAAAGACAUCGUCUCUUCAACCACACAGCUUGUCUUGUCCUCUAUCAGCUAUGUAUGGAGGAACUGGAGAAGCUGGCUUCUCGAAAAUUGAGAAUAAAUGCCAAGGAAACCAUGAGGAUUGCUGAAAGACUCUACACUCAAGGGUACAUCAGCUAUCCACGAACAGAAACAAACAUUUUCCCCAAAGACUUAAACCUGGUAGCACUGGUGGAACAGCAGACCCUGGAUCCGCACUGGGGGGCUUUUGCUCAAAACAUUCUAGAGCAAGGUGGCCCCACUCCACGAAAUGGGAGCAAAUCUGAUCAAGCUCAUCCUCCAGUUCACCCCACCAAAUACACCAACAACUUGCAGGGAGAUGAACAGCGUCUUUAUGAGUUCAUCGUUCGCCAUUUUCUGGCUUGCUGCUCCCAGGAUGCCCAGGGACAAGAGACCACCGUAGAGAUUGACAUUGCUCAAGAACGCUUCAUAGCCCAUGGCCUCAUGAUUCUGGCCCGUAACUACCUGGACGUGUAUCCAUACGAUCACUGGAGUGACAAGCUCCUCCCUGCCUAUGAGCAAGGCUCCUGCUUUCAGCCCAGCACUGUGGAGAUGGUGGAUGGGGAGACCAGCCCCCCUCAGCUGCUCACUGAGGCUGACCUCAUCGCCCUUAUGGAGAAGCAUGGCAUCGGUACUGAUGCCACUCACGCAGAACACAUUGAGACCAUCAAAGCCCGGAUGUACGUGGGACUCACCUCAGACAAGCGCUUUCUUCCUGGGCACCUGGGCAUGGGACUUGUGGAAGGCUAUGAUUCCAUGGGCUAUGAGAUGUCCAAGCCUGACCUCCGGGCUGAGCUGGAAGCUGAUCUCAAGCUGAUCUGUGAGGGCAAGAAGGACAAGUUUCAAGUCCUGAGGCAGCAAGUGCAGAAGUACAAGCAGGUUUUCAUUGAAGCAGUGGCUAAGGCGAAGAAAUUGGACGAGGCCUUGUCUCAGUAUUUUGGGGAAGGGGCAAAACUGAUCCGGCAAGAAGAGUUCUACCCAGCCAUGCCAGAGCCCAUUCGGAAAUGCCCACAGUGCAAUAAGGAUAUGGUCCUCAAGACCAAGAAGAGUGGUGGGUUCUACCUUAGCUGCACAGGUUUCCCAGAAUGUCGAUCAGCUGUGUGGUUUCCCGACUCAGUGCUGGAGGCCAGCAGGGACAGCAGUGUGUGUUCGACAUGUCAGCCUUCCCCUGUGUAUAGGUUGAAGUUGAAGUUCAAGCGUGGUAGCCUUCCCCCAACCAUGCCACUGGAAUUUGUUGGCUGCAUAGGUGGAUGUGAUGAAACCUUGAAGGAAAUCUUUGGCCUGAGAUUUUCACUUGGCCCUCCAAGAGCUAGCCAGCUCUCUGGCCACCUGCAGGCCAGCCAGAACCUCAACAGGAUGGACAGCAGCCAGCAUAGCCACUCACAGCCUCCAGGCAGCAGACAGACUGGACCUUCCAAAGCUGUAGUCCAAACCUUCCUACCACCCACUACAGCUGGUGAAAGCAACUCCGUGACCUGCAACUGUGGCCAGGAGGCUGUGCUGCUGACUGUCCGAAAGGAGGGGCCCAACCAGGGCCGCCACUUCUAUAAGUGCAGUGGUGGUAGUUGCAACUUCUUCUUGUGGGCUGAUGCUAGUCAUCCCACUGGAGGAGGACCCCCAUCUUCGACAUCAAGACCUCCAGGCAGUGCACUGGGACACCCACCAGGCUUAGGUGGCCACGUGGGUAGGUUUGGCAGUCCUAGCGAUGGUGGUGAUAGUGGCACAUCCUGUCUGUGCAGCCAGCCUGCUGUGACACGGACUGUGCAGAAGGAUGGGCCCAACAAAGGGCGCCAGUUCCACACCUGUGCCAAGCCACGAGAGCAGCAGUGUGGCUUCUUCCAAUGGGCAGAUGAGAAUGUGGCCCCAGGGACUCUGACAGCCCCACCAUGGCCAGGAGCCAGAGGAAAAACCCAGGGACCAGAGGCUACAAGCAAAAGAACAAAAGCCAGUUCCUCAGAUACAGGAUCUACGACAAAGAAGCCCCGGAAAUGUAGCCUUUGCCACCAGCCUGGACACACCCGGCCCUUUUGUCCUCAGAACAGAUGAGGACAGGCAAGGUUGAGGAUGCAGCUUGCUCCAACCAGGAAAUGAGCUAACUGGGACCAGUUCACUGUCCUGGAGAUCUAGGGAGGAGUACUGGGUUUUGAAGAUGGCCUUUGUCGAAGAGUACAAAGAUCAGAUACCUCUGGAGAAGGCUGGUACUGCUGGGUAGAUGUCCUUAGUCCAGGGCUCAGGAAAGACUGGCUGCUACACUGCUAAAAGUCAAGAAAUCUGCCCCAGGGAUCCUGAGGACAGUCACAGCAUUGAGUGAAGCUGGUGACAGGCUGUGACCUUGUGUCCAUGCAGGCCCUGACUGGCCUGCUGUGCUGCCAGGUGAGAAGCAGCCAGCUCUCAACACAGGCUCUGGUCAGCCGGGAUGGAGUUCCUCUGCACAAUCAUUUGAGAAGGGCUUCAUUCCUGCAUUACCUAGAAGGACAAGCUAUAGCUUGUGUGCCUUAAUAAAGAAUUCAUCCCUUUUUUUUU